AUGUUGAAGUUUGUGCCUAGAUAUUUCCUAUUUCUGCUCAUUUUCUGUGGACUGGCUGCUUUUUGGAUAAUUUUCUCCGCUCAAAGGACGAACUCAAUUUCGUGGCUUUUCAUUCGUGGGUUUUUUUUUCAAUUGGAACCUAGAAACGCCAAAGUUUUCCUCUUAUGGGUGAGGGAAACAGCCCCUCCUUGUAGGGGGUUUUAUUACUUUUUUUUUGUUGAGAUUUGAAAAUUAAGAAAACUUAUUUAACAAAACUUGAAAGAAAAUUUAAUCUUCUGUUGCUACUUUUUAAAAUUGUUACCAACUAAAACCUCUACAGAGAGAGGUAAAGUGGUCCCUAGAGGGCAUUCCCUCGAAAGCUGCUCCUUUAGGGACCACUCCGGCGUUCCAAAAUAUCUGUAAAAUAUUCUUUACGAAGUGUUCUUAACUAAAAUACAACAGAUAGAUUCGAUGAAGAUAUGAAAAUAAACAAAAACGGCAAAAUUACAGAAGAUAGAGGAACUCCCAGUAAGAAAAAUCACCGAUUUUUCUUUUGCGAAAAUAAAAAUUCAGUUUCCAGAUGAGAAACAGGAAUCUGAAGGGACAGUUUCAUCUACAGAAAUAAAUUCUACAUCGAAAAUCGAACCUGUUACUUCAGAAUCAGUGGUAAGAGUGGAUUCCGGUUGAAAAACUUCGAAAGUAAAUGAAAAAAAUAGGUUAGUUAACAGAAUGAAUAAAUAAAACAAUAGAGAGAAUUUUGAAAAGAUUAAAAAAUGAUUGCGCACAUUAAAUCCUAAUGCCGUGUUCAAAGUGAUUCCGCGAAAUUCAAAAUAGCCGUCAGAGAAAGAGAAAGAUAACUAAAUUUUGGAGGGUCAGAGACAAUUUCGCAUUUCGCGGAAAUUACUUUGAACACGGCAUAACGAACUUCAAGGCGAUAAAUAACGUUUCAAGAACGAUUGAAAUGGGACUUUUCAGUAAGCGAGAAGGUAUGGAUCAAUGCGAUAUUUUGAAAAUGUUCUGAAUUUUUGUGGCCGUCGAAAAAGUUUUUUAUGAGGAUUUAUUCGUUAUCUGUCAGGUUUUUCAUGUGUAGUAGGUCUGGAAAAAAAAAGAAAAUAAUAUAUGAUAAGCUUGUCGAGAAAUAAGUUUCAGUGAGAGGCGAGCAAGCCACAGAGCGUUUUAGAUGACGUCAUUUAACUUCAAAUUCCGAAUCUGAACAGAAUAUUGAGCGUUUAAACUAGAUGGAGAUUCCUUCAGAAAUUAGCAAGCUGGAAAACGAAAAAUAAAACUGUCUAUAUACAUUUAAUGUAUCUUGUGCGUUAUCAGAAAGAAGAGUACCCCACAAUAGUUUUAUUAACUAGGUGUGGUAAGAUGAAGUUGAGGAGAGGCGAGAAGUCGUCAGUCCGAGGCUUGAGGCGACGGCGAGGCUGGAGGCGAAACGGGGGCGGUACGAGUGAUGAUGAUCUGAGUUCCCGACUUCUUUUAUACUCUUAGUUGGGAUAUCUCUCACGUGAUCUAUCAUUUGAUCACUAUCAAUUCACAUAUUCAACAAUACAUAAGCGUUUAUUUGUUUUCUAAUAGGUUUUCAUGUAAACUAGGUCUCAAAAAUAAGCUUAUAUCUGGAACGUAGUUAAAAUAGUGUGAGUUUUAAUAUUCCCUAUGAAUUUCCCGAGCAAGAUCAAGGUAGAGUUUCCUAGAACUAUUGUAGAAAAUGCUCAAAAACUAAUAUAAUUUUGUAAAUUGAAGUCGAAAACUCCCCUGCGCAUACAUCCAAACAAAUCGGAAACUUCCCACCAACCUUCAAAAAAAGUUGUAAUCUUCGCCGCCACCAAAUAUUUCUCCCAAAGGAUCCAAGAUGCUGCUUUCAUGGACUUAUGCCAUCAGACGACGAAAGUUUGCUCCAAUGAUAAUAGAGUUAAAUUCGAAUUUAUUCAGGACUACUGUAGGAUAACGGAUGAUUUCCGUGAGUUGAACUCGUCCGACGCCGUCAUUUUUCAUUACCGUAAUUAUCCAACUCAAAUGAUGAGUUCAAAUGAAACGGAGCGGCGAAAAGAGGUGACGUCAUUGCAUGUUUCGACAGUUUUCUUUUCAAUUAGUCUCUUAAACGAGUAGUGACGUCACUUGAACUUCAAUGAUAGGACGUCAUAACUUUCGAUUCUUCCAGGAAUCAAUCUGGCGACACCCCAUACGGCCCAUUAUUCUCAUGACCCAAGAAAGUCCGAUUAGUGAUGAUUUAUCUCGGGUUCAAAGUGGUCAGUUCAGAGUUCAAACUAGACUCUCUUUUCUUCGAUUUGAAAGGCCAUGGUCCACAGGGAAUGACUAGAAGCGAGGCGGUUGGUUCGCUUGAAAUUGAGAAGCUUUCUUUGGCGCUUUUCCAUGCCUCCGCGCGCAAGUCUUUUCAGUCGGGCUCACCUUGAAGCUUCGAGCCAUUCCCGGUGCGAUUAUGAGAUUUUUGUUGAAGAGAGUUGUCUCUUCAAAUAUCAUUUUAUAAUUUGGUUUUUUUUUCCGUAAAGAUCUUAUCAACUGGACGAUGACCUAUCGCCAAAAUUCGGACAUUUGGUAUCCAUAUGCUCAUCUUGUACGUAGAGAGCAAGGUCUUUUCAUUACAAUCUCCAUAAUUUCACCGAAAAGGGAUUAAUUUAGAACAAAAAGUCGAUUUCGAAGCGAUAUGGGCCAUGAAAAAUCACAAUAAGACGGCGAGUUGGCUCGUUUCUAACUGUGAAACUUCGAAUCAUCGAUUGAAGUUGGGCAAAAAGAUAAGGGAGAUCGGACUUUCAGUGAGGGUUUCAGCAUUUGAAAAAAAAAAGAAAGAAGAAGUUUUUAUUUUUUGAGUUCUUAGGUGUAAACUUGAUUUUAUUCUUCCUAGUGAUCCUCUAUUUUCUAUUCAAGAAUUUUGACCAAUAUCUUUGCCACGUGAGUGUAGUGUGAUAUGAAAAAAAAUUUUUUUACUAGAACCGAGGACGUCGCUCAAAAAUCAUGAAGUUUAUGAGAAGAUGGGAAAGAAGUCACUCAAGUGAUUAUAUUCAAAUUGCCACCUAAGUUCGCUUUCAGAAAGAAUAACAUUACAAUUUUUUUCUUUCAGCUUUAACUAAUUUUUUUCCCAAAAAAAGUAAGAAAAAACUUUCAAAGGAAAGCUUUCAAAAUGAUACUUUUUCAUCGACUUUCAUAUGUUCCCAAACUCUCCCUUCAUCUAUUUCGCGAAAUUUAGUACUUGUGUGUGAGAAAUAAAACAUUUUGAAAAAAAUUGAAAUUGAAAUUGACAUUAUUUUUCAAAAAAAAUAUCAUUGCGAUUCCAUUUUUCAGAUUGAUAUUUAUGGGGCCUGUGGACUUUCUAUACCAAAUUGUCCUUCCGGUAUGGCCUGUGCGGUUUCCACUCUCAAGUGAGCAAAUUAUCCAAAUAUGAUAAAAUGAACAUUUUUUAGGCCCUACAAGUUUUAUAUGGCAUUCGAAAAUGCAAAUUGUAAGCAAUAUGUGACGGAAAAAUUCUUCGAAGCGCUUCGAAGCAGAAUUAGUGUACCGAUUGUCAUUUCGAGGAGGUUUUAUAAGAAUGUUGUAGGUUUUUUUUUCCAUCUUCUGAGUCAAAUUGAUGCUUUUCAUAUUCACAAAAUUUCGAAAAAUGAAAAUAUUCCAGGGAAAUAGUUUUAUUAGCAAACGUUUGUCGUUUCAAAAGAUCUUUUUCAAGUUUAUUUUUGAGCUUUUAAAAAACGCUCCAAUAAACUGAGUUUUUCAUUGGCUUUGAAAAUGGGCGUCGCCAGCCAAUGGGAGACUUUGUUCGUUGGAGAGAAAUCAAAAACUUAAGGCCCCUGCUGAAUCCUUCAUCGCGGUCGAUGAUUUCUCGAAUUUGAAAGAUUUCGUUGCUCACGUGAUUCGGGUGUCCAAUGACAAGGCGCUGUACUUAAAGUACCAUGAAUGGCGGCAGAUUUAUGAGUUUGUUUCCUUUUUUGAUCUUCGCGGAAUUUAUAAGUGCGUUUCAGUAUGCUUUUUUUCAUAGAAAAAAAAACUAAAAAUGGGCGUGGCUAGCCAUUUAAACAGGUUUUGUUAGCGAAGAGGGCGGUUUUGCUGGAAAACUUCCUUCUUAGCUCAAUAAGUUUUUUUCCAAGUUUUUCAUAGCGGUUUGGAGACCCCAUACGUUUCUUUAUACCUAUUUGACCUUUCUUCACUUCAAGAACCGAGCGCAUUUUUCUGCUGUGCGCCUUUAAAUUAAUCUCUCCGAACCAGGGCUGUUCGAGCGCUGUUUUGAAAUUGAAAUUUCUCAAGUUUUUUGAAGUGAGACGAGAUCUCGUUUCGAAUUCUUCUCGAAAAAUCGAGACCUGGGGAGUCUACCUCGAAAAGAGAUCCUGCCUGGAAAAUUUCGAGGAUUUUUGAGACGAGAUCGAGAUCUCAAACAAACCUUAGCCUGGCACCGAUCCUUGACGUGCGAAAUGGUAUUUUGAACCAUUUUUCAAAUUCCAGAGUGAAGUUGGGCGACGAUGAGGGUACGGGGAUGUGUGAGCUUUGCCGAAGACUUCAGUACCCGAUCGAUUCCUCAAAAAUCUACAAGGACUUGGCCUCGUGGUACAGGAAUGACGACACUUGCGACCAAUCCAUAGCGCUUCGAUUUUUCGAUAUUCCGUCAGAUCCUGGGUCAUAG